AUGUCGUUGUCAGACGAACAUGCCAAACGGUCGCCUGAAGAACACUUGGAGACAUCACUGGCUGAAAAACACGCCAAACGAGCGCCUGAAGUGCAUGAAUGUGAUAUCUGCUGUUCGACUCAGCUCUGCAAUAGCGAGUGCGCAAGAGCAGUCGACGGAGGCUGGGGAGAUUGGGGCACGUGGUCUCAGUGUUCGAAGACAUGUGAUAAUGGCACCCAGUCACGUGGUAGAUCAUGUGACUCACCAACACCUGCAGGGGGUGGAGCUGUCUGUGCAGGAUUGAACUCCCAGUCACAAGGAUGUUCUGAAAUGAGCUGUCCAGCAGCUGAUUGCUCUGACUUGCUGAAUAGUGGCGGUUCCUGGCCGUCCGGCGUUUACAGAAUGGUUACCUGGCAAACACACAAAAGAUUUAACGUAUUCUGCGAUAUGGACACUGAUGGUGGUGGAUGGACAGUGUUCCAAUACCGGUUCAAUGGCAGUGUGGAUUUUUACAAGAACCUUCACAACUACGAGGCUGGAUUUGGAUCGCUUCAUGGAGAGUUUUGGCUAAGUUUGCGGUAUCUGGCUGAACAGACAUCUCGUCGUCACAACAACACGCUACGUAUCGAUCUGGUAUCCGCCAAUGGAACGAGGGGGUAUGACGUGUACGAGGGAUUUAGCAUCGGACGUCCAAGAACUUAUGCGCUACAUGUGGGCCAAAGGAUCGACUCGUUAAACUUGAACCAACCUGGCAGUCUAUACCCAUACCACAACGGUAUGUUAUUUUCGACGUUCGACCAUGACCACGACCAUUGGCAUUACAGCAACUGUGCCGUCCUGGAACACGGUGCGUGGUGGUACAAUGAUUGUUACUAUGCAAACUUAAAUGGACAAUACGACGUUCCUGGUACCCACAAUCCCUUAGGGAUAACGUAUGAUGCAUUUAUGUGA